AUGAUCACCUUAAUUCUAGACUAUGUUACUCCUAUUAUUACUCACAUCAUUAACCAAUCACUAUUGUCUGGGGAUUUUCCUUCACUUUGGAGAAAAGCAUUUGUCAUGCCGCUGCCCAAAAUAAAGAACCCCAGUACUUUUUCUCACUUUCGCCCAAUAUCGAUUCUCCCGUUUUUAUCUAAAGUUCUUGAAGCUAUUGUCCACAAACAAAUUUCUAGUUACAUUUUCAAAAAUAACUUUCUCAGCACAUAUCAAUCUGGUUUUAGGCCGGGGCACAGUACUACCACAGCUCUUUUGAAAGUUACGGAAGAUUUGCGUACUGGAAAGGAGAACUCAAAAUUGACAGUGUUAAUCCUAAUAGAUUUCUCUAACGCUUUUAAUGCUGUCGAUCAUGAUAUUCUUCUAACUAUACUUUACCACCUAGGUUUCUCUUCGUCAGCGCGGGGCUGGUUCUCCUCAUAUCUUCGGGGUCGUCAGCAGGUAAUUCGAGUAGGUCAGAUUAUCUCUGAUUGGUGCCCGUUGUCUGCUGGCGUUCCUCAAGGCGGAAUUCUCUCUCCUCUCUUGUUCUCAGUCUUUAUAAAUCUCAUUACACCCCACAUUCGCCGUUCGUACCAUCUGUAUGCUGAUGACUUACAAAUUUAUGCUCAAGCUGAGGUGGCAUUUAUCGAUGAUGUGAUUGAGAAGCUCAACUGUGAUCUCAAUUGUAUUUCUAAUUGGUCAAAUAGAUUUGGCAUUAGGGUUAAUCCAUCAAAAUGUCAGGCUAUUGUAGUUGGUAGUUCUCGUAGACUGACUAAAAUUGAUAUGAAGUAG